AUGUCAAUUUCAAUUCUUGACUUGUCCAAUAACAAGUUGAGUGGAGCUAUUCCAGAUUGUCUGAUCUCGAGAGGUAAGAUCCCUAAUCUUACAGUCCUAGAUUUGCACACGAAUAAAUUUCAUGGAAACAUCCCUGAUUCGUUUGUUGUAGGAAACAAAUUACAGAUACUUAACCUCAACAACAAUGAUUUUGACUGGCCACUUCCUAAAUCACUGGAGAACUGUCAUGAUUUGCAAGUGUUAAAUCUUGGAAACAACAAGAUAAAUGAUACCUUUCCCCACUGGUUGGGAACUCUUCCUCGGCUAGAAGUUCUUGUCUUGCGCUCCAACUAUUUCCAUGGUCAAAUCAGGCCUUCAGAGAAUGAAUCGCACUUCCCAGCUCUGGGAAUCUUAGACCUCUCCCACAAUGAGUUCUCUGGAAACAACUUACAGAUACUUAACCUCAACAACAAUGAUUUUGAUGGGCCAUUUCCUAAAUCCUUGGAGAACUGUCGUGAUUUGCAAGUGUUAAAUCUUGGAAACAACAAGAUAAAUGAUACCUUUCCCCACUGGUUGGGAACUCUUCCUCAGCUACAAGUUCUUGUCUUGCGCUCCAACUAUUUCCAUGGUCAAAUCAGGCCUUCAGAGAAUGAAUCGCACUUCUCAGCUCUGCGAAUCUUAGACCUCUCCAACAACGAGUUCUCUGGUUUUCUACCAACAACAUAUUUUAAAAGUUUCGAGGGUAUGAUGAAUUUGUCCAAUGUUCAAACGAAAUCCAUGGAAGAUUUUAAUCUUUAUUACAAUUUUUCAGUGCGUGUCAGAGUGAAAAAUUUGGACGUGGAACUCAAGAGAAUUCUAACUCUUUUUACAACCAUUGAUAUGUCAAGCAACAAAUUCCUAGGAAAAAUUCCAGAAAUAGUUGGAGACCUCAUUUCUCUCCAAGUGCUCAAUUUUUCCCAUAACAGCCUAACAGGUCAUAUUCCUUCCUCAUUGGGGAAUCUAGCAGCGCUUGAGUCACUGGAUCUCUCUUCCAACAAGCUUGUCGGGGAGAUUCCUAUGCAGUUGAUUGGUUUGAUAUUUCUUGAAGUGUUAAACCUGUCACAGAACCAGCUUGUUGGACAUAUACCUCAGGGAAAUCAAUUCAAUACCUUUCUGAAUGAUUACUAUGGUGGCAACUUGGGAUUGUGCGGAUUUCCAGUGUCAAAGAGGUGUGGCAAGGAUGAGGAACAAGAACCACCGGAAUCUGUUUUUCAUGAGGAAGGAAUUUUUCCUUGUCCAUUGAAUUGGAAAUUUGUAAUGAUGGGCUAUGGAUGCGGGUUGGUGCUUGGAUUAUCUGCAGGAUAUAUCAUGUUGACGAUUAGAAAACCAGAAUGGCUUGUUAGGAUGGGCUUGGAUUCUUUAGCAGUUUUCUCCUUGUUUGUUUUGACUGUCUUGAUUCCUGAGGGUACUGUCACCUGUGAACUUGUAACAUGUUUAUGUACUUUGAUGAAUGAAAUUACUCGCUUAUCCAAAGAAAGAACCUGUAAGCGUGUUACUGAAGUUAUAAGAUUCCAAUUUAAAGUUGAAUUCUUUCAGCAAGUUAUCCAAAGAAAGAACUUGAUACAACACAAUCUCAAGAACUCUCUUGAUGAUGGAAUGAGCAGUUACGGUCUUGUACUUGUAGUCCAUGGGCAUUUGUUCAGAGCUCUAACAACUCUGUUGUUCAUUUAUAACAACCUAAUUGGUCCUAUUGACCCAUUUGAGAAGGUUGCUUCCUUGGAGAUUGUUUCCCUGCAGAAUAAUGAGAUGAAUGGUCCAAUUCCAAGCUCUAUUUUCAAACUUGUGAACAUUACCCAUCUUGAUCUUUCCUCAAAUAAGUUGGAUGGCAUUUUUAAAUUCGAUAAACUAUCAAAGCUUAAGUAUCUUUGGGCUCUAUCUGUCUCAAAUAAUGCUUUACUGUCAUUGACCAGUGGAAGCAAUGCGUAUAACUCCUUGCCCAAAUUAGAAUUAUCUUCUUGCAACAUAAGUGAAUUUCCGAAUUUUGUAAGAAAUCUCGAAGUUCUUGACUUGUUUAAUAACAACUUGAGUCGAGCUAUUCUAGAAUGUCUGGUCUUGGGAGAUAUCAGGUCUAAUCUUAAUGUCCUGGAUUUGCACACGAAUAAAUUUCAUGGAAAUAUCCCUAAUUCGUUUGUUGCCAACAACAAAUUACCGAUGCUUAACCUCAACAACAAUGAUUUUGGCGGGCCAUUUCCUAAAUCCUUGGUGAACUGUCAUGAUUUGGAAGUGUUAAAUCUUGGAAACAACAAGAUGAAUGAUACCUUUCCCUACUGGUUGGGAACUCUUCCUCAGCUACAAGUUCUUGUCUUGCGCUCCAACUAUUUCCAUGGUCAAAUAAACCCUUCAGAAAAUGAAUCGCACUUCUCAGCUCUGCGAAUCUUAGACCUCUCCAACAAUGAGUUCUUUGGGCUUCUGCCAACAACAUAUCUUAAAAGUUUCAAGGGUUUGAUGACUUUGUACAAUGUUCAAAGGACUUCAAUGGAAGAUUUGUUGAGAAUCCAAUGA